CCAGUUCCUGGACAUCAUGAAGGAGUUCAAGGCGCAGUCGAUCGACACGCCCGGGGUCAUCGACCGCGUGCUGCAACUUUUCCACGGGCACCGGGAGCUCAUCCUCGGAUUCAACACCUUCCUCCCGCCGGGGUACAAGAUCGAGUUCUCCGACGACGAGAAGGCGCCGCGCGUACAGCUCAAGUACCCGCAGGGGGUCACCGGCCCUCAGCCGCAAUACAACCCGCUGGGGCAGCCGCCCGGGGCGCCCGUGCCAUCCAUCAUGCCGCAGCAGCCGCACCCCGCCGGGUCGCUCCAGCCCGGCUACCAGGUCGGCCCGCCCGGCGCGGCGGACUAUCCCGGCCAGCCGGCGCCGCAGGCGCAGGCGCAGGCGGCGCAGGCGCAAGCGCAAGCGCAAGCGCAAGCGCAGGCAGCGCAGGCGGCGCCGCCGCAGCCGAAGAAGGCGCCGAUCGAGUUUGACCAGGCGAUCAACUACGUCACCAAGAUCAAGACGCGCUUCGCGAAGCAGCCCGAGACGUACAAGGCCUUCCUCGAGAUCCUGCACACCUACCAAAAGGAGCAGCGCACGAUCAAGGAGGUGUACGAGCAGGUCUCGACCCUCUUCAAGAACCACACCGACCUGCUCGCCGAGUUCUCCCAGUUUCUGCCCGACGGCAACCCAGACGCGCCGGGAGGCACCGGCGGCAUGCUCCCCUUGAACAUGCAGCCCAAAAAGGGCAAGGGGAUGGCGGCGGACCCGCAGGGGCGGGGCGGCGCCAAGCAGCAGGCGGCGGCGCGGCCGGGCGGCAAGUUCCCGCAGCAGCGGCCAGGCGGGGCGGAAGAGGACGACGAGCGGUUCUGGCCCAAGGGCAAGGGCGGCAAGGCGCGCGCCGAGGGGAAGGCGCGCGCCGAGGAGCCGCGGCAGCCGGCCAACCGCUCGCCCGAGGCCGAGUUCUUCUCAAAGUGCCGCUCGCGCAUGCCCAAGGCGCUGUACCUCGAGCUGCUCAAGUGCCUCAACCUGUACUCGCAGCAGAUUCUCGAGCGCUCCGAGCUCUUCACCCUCGUCCUCGACCUCUUCAAGCGCUCCGAGAUCGGGCUCUUCACCGCCUUCCGCCGUCUGCUUGGCUACCAAGGCGGCGACCCGGUCGACGCGCCGUCGCCGCCGCAGUCCAAGGCGCCGAUCGGCCGAGCGCCGAUUGCCGAGGGCGGCUCCUUCCGCGACUUGGACUUUUCGACGAUGAAGAAGCACGGCACCUCGUACCGCAUCCUCCCAGACUCGUACGAGAUGCCCUCCUGUUCGGGGCGCGGCCCGCUCGAGCAGCUGGUCCUCAACGACUCGUGGGUGUCGGUCCCGACGGGCACCGAGGACCUCAACUUCAAGACGAUGCGCAAGAACCAGUACGAGGCGCGCGUCCUCUCAGUCUCUGUCUCUGUCUCUGAGUCCAUCUUCCGCGCCGAGGACGAGCGCUUCGAGCUCGACACCACCAUCGAGACUAACGCCGCCACCCUCGUCUACCUGCAGCCCCUGCAGGCCGAGAUCGCCGCGAUGACCGAGCCCGAGAAGCGGCGGUACAAGCUGCCCAACGGGCUCUCCGCGAUGCACCAAAAGUCGCUCCGCAGACUGUACGGCACGCAGGGCGCGCAGGUCAUCGAGCUGCUGCUCAAGUGUCCGGCGGCCGCCAUCACGCAGGUGAUCAAGCGGCUGCAGCAGAAGGACGAGGAGUGGAGAGCGCAGCGCGCGACGCUGAACAAGGGGUGGAAGGAGGUGUACGAGAAGAACUACACAAAGUCGCUCGACCACCGCUCCUUCUACUUCAAGCAGGGUGACAAGAAGAACUUUUCGGGCAAGCAGAUGGUGCUCGAGGUCAAGGCGCUGGCCGAGGGCGACAAGGAGGUGGAGGGCGAGAAGGAGGCCGCCGCCGCCUCAAACUCGGACGGCGCGGCCGCCAGCUCUGCCGACGGGCGGCUGCUGCUGCCCUUCAAGGUCAAGGCGCCGCUCUCGCUGCUGCACGACGACACGCUCGAGCUGAUGACCUUCGCCGCCAAGCUCUCCUUCUCGCUGCUGCCCGACGCGGAGCUCGACGCGAAGAUCAAGGGCUUCUGGGACGCGCUCGUCCGCCCCUUCUUCUGCUGCUCGGACCUCGAGCCCGGCGGCGGCGGGGCGUGCGGCGGCGCCGCGCCGAUGGAGACGGACGGCGGCGCGGCGCCGAAGUGCAAGCCGCUCGUGAUCGUCGCGGCGGAGACGGGCGAGGACGCUGCGUCUCGCGAGGCGCGCCCGCCCGAGACCCGCCACUCGAUGCCGCUCUCGUACCCGAAGACGUCGUCGCAACUGCUGCUCGGCAACUCCCACCUCUACGUCUUCGUCCGCCUGUACCACAUCGUCAUCGAGCGGCUCGCCGCCGCGCGCGAGAUGGCCGCAAAGGCGUCCGAGGCGAAGGGGGACGAGCCGAUGGGCGACGUCGGGGGCGCGGGCGGCGAGAACGGCGCCGCGGAGGCGGUGCUCUCCGCCGCAUCGGCCGAGCAGGCCGCGCGCGCGAAGAUGAUCGCCGCCCUCAAGGAGGAGGCGGGCGGGGACUUGUACCGCGUCUUCCUGCUCGCGCUGCGCCAGCUGGUCGAGGCGAAGCUGGAGGCGUCGACGUACGAAGACAUUCUGCGCACGCUGCUCGGCUCGAACGCGUACAUCCUCUUCACGCUCCACAAGAUCCUCUCGCAGGUGACCGAGGGGCAGCCGCAGAUGCUGCUGGCCCUCAAGCAGCUGCAGAUGCUGCUGGUGGAGGAGACGUCUACGCGGCUGCUGCAGCUCUACGCGUACGAGCGCGAGCGCGUCCGGUGCGGCUCGAUGUGCGAGGGCACUUACCGCAACAACUGCCGCGCGCUCCUCGAGGGGGACGACGCCUUCAGCAUGGAGCAGAUGUACGCGGCCGACGGCGGCGAGCUGGCGCUCUCCUUCUUGCGCGAGCGCGACGCCGAGGACGAGGGCGAGGAGGAGGACGGGACGGCGGCGGCGGAGGACCAGGAGGACCAGGAGGACCAGGCUGCCAAAACGGAGGGGGUUUGCGCUGCCUUGACCAGCCCUCCCCUGCCCUGCCCUGGCUCGUGCAAGCUGCGCUUCGCGAACAUGUCGGAGGACCUGUGGUACGCGCCGCCCACGCUCAAGGCGGCGAAGCGCGCGCGCGUGCUCCGCAGCGCGGACACGUCCAAGCGGCGCAAGCUCGCAAAGUGGCUCAAGGCGCGGCUACGCGCAGCACCAGGCCGCCGCCCCACGGCUCCGCGCCGACGUGAGGCGCAGCCACGCGAGCAGGGCGCAAACGCGCUGUCGGGCCUCUCGUCGAGCGGGCCCGCGCCGCUGCCAAACGCGUCGACGUGGAGGCCGCACGAGACCGAGGCGGCGCCGGCCUGA